UCCACCGGUUCGAUGCGUUUCCACGCUGGAACGACACAUCUCGGAAGAAGAUAGACGCUCGUCGCUCGCUCGCUCAGCGCUCAGGGCAAACAAACAUGACAUCGGACUGCGGAUUGAGCGCGAGCGAGGGGACGAUGAGACUUUCGAUUCAGUCCGGCGUUUGACCAUGACGAGUGCGGAGCAUGUGGCGGCGGGGUUCGGAGUUGCGCCGGCCACUCCUGUCUGGCGGCGCACUCCUGUCUGGCGGCCGAAGCUGAUGGGUACUUCUGGGGUCCGACUGAGGGCGAAACUCGGCGACGGGAGUGACCCAUUUCUCCAAUCUGCCCUCAGUGCCGCGUCUCUUCGUUUCCGAGAGACCCUUCGACCAGAGCCUCUUUUCGUCGAUCCAUAUGCCGGUUGUUUUGUUUCUACUGAUAAUGAAGUGGACACGAAGAAGCAGACACACCAUUAUUGUCUUGCAACUAAAUAUAUUGAUGAUAAGUUGCUUCAUAUUAUCAAUCGUAUUGAUGGGCUCAAGCAGGUUGUUUUGCUAACAGAUGGCAUGGAUACUCGUCCUUAUAGACUUAAUUGGCCAAGUUCAACCUUGAUAUUUGACAUAUCUCCAGAUGAAUUAUACAAAAUAGCAGCUGAAAAACUUGAAGGUGUUGGGGCUAAAAUUUCAAGAAGUUGCUUAUUCUAUCACAUCCCCUUGGCGUCAUCCAAUUUGCAGCAUGUUUUGCACACAAAGGGCUUCAAUGGAAGUCGGCCUAGUAUAUGGGUGAUCCAGGGCUUGCUUCUUAUGAAUUUGGCAAGUUUCGAGGAUAUCUUGUUUGUUGUUAGUAGUAUGGCCAUGAAUGGUAGCCUUUUUUUGGGAGAAUUGCCUGGCUGGCUGGCAGAUACUGGAAUUGGAAGAAAUUUUGAUUCUGGAAAAUGGAUGGACAAGCUUUUCAUGACCAACGGUUUCCGAGUGGACAUAAUUAACUACGACGAAGUUGCAAGGAACUUAGGCAAGCAAUUGACAUCAGAAGAAUACAGAAAAAUACUAUUUGUUGCAGAACAGUUGCGAUUUUCUGAUGCUCAGAUGGAAACAUGGAGGAGAGAAUUCCAGAGAGUCGAGGAAGAAGGGGAUGAAGAUGGAUUCGAGGAACUCUGAGAUGCAAAAGCAAUCUUAAUCCCUCUAUUCCUUCUCUUUGUCAGAGGCUUCGGUGCCACUUCCUUUUGCUGUUGUUAGAAAUAGCAUGUUUGUUCUUUUUCCUGUACUUUUUUGUGAGUAUGUCAAGAUACCUUCCUCAGCCUUUUGGCUAAGUAUGCAGAAUAUUUAAGAUGUGAAGUGAACAAACACGUGGUAGUGUCAAA